AUGCAAGAACAAUUUGAGCCUUUGAAGAACGACCUGCUGCUGCGGGCAGCACGGGGUGAGAAGGUGGAACGUCCUCCGAUCUGGAUUAUGCGACAGGCCGGUCGCUAUCUUCCCGAGUACCAUGAAGCCAAGGGUGGUCGUGACUUCUUCGAAUGUUGUCGCUCGCCUGAGAUCGCCUCGACUUUGACCCUUCAGCCUAUUGACCGAUAUGAUGGCCUCAUCGAUGCGGCCAUCAUCUUCUCUGAUAUCCUGGUUAUCCCCCAGGCCAUGGGAAUGGUGGUGGAGAUGUUGGAUAAGAAGGGCCCUCACUUCCCCGAGCCGCUGCAAUCGCCCACGGACGGACAGUACGAGAAGGUCAUGGCAAAGAAUGUGGACGUGAAGACCGAGCUGGACUACGUGUACAAGGCUAUUACGCUCACACGUCUCAAGCUCAAGGGUCGUGUCCCGCUCAUUGGUUUCUGUGGUGCGCCUUGGACCCUGUUGUGCUACAUGGUUGAGGGCGGUGGUAGCAAGCUUUUCGUCCACUCCAAGACCUGGGUUUACAAGUACGCGAAGGAGUCUCAGGCUCUACUACAGAAGAUUGCCGAGGUCUGUGUCGAGUAUCUGGCGCUUCAGGUUGCUGCCGGUGCCCAGCUGGUUCAGGUCUUUGACUCGUGGGCCGGCGAGCUUUCCCCAGCCACUUUCGCCUCGCACUCUCUCCCUUACUUGCGUCACAUCUCUACCAACCUGCCCAAGCGCCUGAAGGAGAUGGGCCUGGAGCCCGUUCCUAUGACUGUCUUUGCUAAGGGUGCGUGGUACGCUCUCGACGACCUUUGCGAGUCGGGCUAUAAUGUUGUCGGUCUGGACUGGCUGCACGACCCCGCUGAGGCGAUGCGCGUUGCCAAUGGCCGGGUUACAAUCCAGGGUAAUGCCGAUCCCGGCAUCCUUUAUGGUGGUCCCCAGUCUAUUACGCCUACUGUGGAGAAGAUGGUUGAGGGCUUCAAGAAGGGCAAGCAGGGUUGGAUUUGCAACUUGGGACACGGCGUCACUCCUUUUGUUGACCCGGAGAAUCUCAAAUUCUUCUUCGAAGAGAUCCACCGUCUUACAAAAUAA